UUGAGCUGGGUGGCCUGGAGCUGGGACACUGCGACAGGGAUGAGAGGAAGGGUGUCUUCAUCCUUACAGGGCUUUCAGCAGGACGGCGAGAAGUAGGAACAGUGAAAAGGAGGGAGGGAGCGACCGAGCUGGAGAGAGUUUGGCUUCUUUCUGCAACACCUACAAGGGGCAGGAGACGGAGGGUAUCUGUAGGAGCGUGGUCUGUAACGCUGGAGUGCAAGGACAAGCCAUGGACUCUACGAGCUUCCUACUGUUCCUGGAUAUCCACAAUGUUCCCUGCUAACCUCUUGGUCCUGAUGGUCCUGCUGCUACCUCAGGUCCUGUCAGGUCAUCAGGAAGGCACAAUCAGCGCUGGCGGCGACCCACUGCCUCCGCGAGAGGCCAGUCUGGCCCAAUCCAUUCAGAACCUCUUGCUGACUCGACUGGGGCUGCGGUCCCGCCCGGCUCCCCAGCCUGGAGCACCUGUUCCCCGGUACCUGCUGGAUCUGUACCGUUUCCACAAGCAGCAGUACCACUUGGUAGAGGACCCUCACUUCAGCUUCCCUGAGCGGCACGUGCAGGGGGCUAACACAGUGCGAAGCUUCCACCACAUGGAGUCCAGUGAUGCCUCGCCUCUCCCUCUGAAUGCGACACAGGCGUCAGACGUUGUCCGGAUAAGGUUCAACAUCUCCUCCCUCCCGAUGGAUGAGCGUGUCACCUCUGCGGAACUCCGACUUUUGCACGGGGUGGGUAAGAGGAGUGCCGGUGACCAUAAGGUCAGCCUGUUCCUCUCUGGGGACCACUCAGAUUUGGGAACCACGCUCCUGGAAUCACGGUGCCUCACCCAGAGCGGCAACAGCGAGAGCAGUUCCUGGGAGAGCUUCAGCCUCGGCUCGGACCUGAUUGAGAGCGCCUCUGACCGGACUGGACUGCUGGAGUUCGUCAUAGAGGUGACGCCCUUAAACGGGUCUGUAACAUCCGGACAAGAGCUCAGGCGCGAGCGACUUAGGGUGCGCAGGGCGGCCGGACAGAACGAGCCCAGCUGGGCACAGGAGAGACCCCUAUUGGUGACCUACAGUCAUGAUGGGCGCGGCCAGACCCUGGCUCGCUCUGCGGGCCGCCCGGAGGGGGGAAAGAAGCUAAAGAGGAGGCGCAGGAAGGGACGGGAUGGGAAUGGGGACCGGGGGAGAGGCAGGAGACAGGGUCGGAGGGAGCAGAGGGUGAAGCGGAAUGGCAGGAAGGGGGUGAAGCUGCAGCAGCUGUCCCAGGAUCUUUGCCGACGUUACCCGCUCUACGUAGACUUCAGUGAUGUGGGCUGGAACAAGUGGAUCGUGGCGCCCAGUGGCUACCACGCCUACUUCUGCCUGGGCGAGUGUCGCUUCCCCCUGGCUGACCACAUGAACUCGUCCAGCCACGCCAUGGUGCAGACGCUGGUGAACUCGGUGAACGUAAAAGUGCCGCGGCCGUGCUGCGUGCCCACGUCCCUCAGCCCCAUCGCCAUGCUCUACUUGGACCAGCAGGACCAUGUGGUGCUCAAGAACUACGAAGAGAUGGUGGUGGAAGGCUGCGGCUGCCGGUAGCGUUGACGAGGGUGGAGGGGAAUCGUGGGAGAAUCCCAGGAGGAUUGUGGGAGGCGUGGCGUGGCAGUGGGAUGGGACGGCCCUCAGUGUCUAUGAAUCACAGUUAGGGAAGUCAGCGUUCAUAUAUGUGAUCACCACUCACAGGGGCGUAGCUAAGAAUUCUGGGACCCCUUACAAAAUGUCACCUUGGGCUUCCCCCAUUAUAUAAUUCUAUAAUUUUACGAAUUCAAGGGCCCUUGUGAAGUGUUAGGCCAUCUGAAUCGCCCAGGGUAUCCAUGCCCCUACUGCGCCCCUACUGACUCAUGCAAACCUUAUUACUGUUCUUAUCGGACUAUUUAUUCCAUUGAAAACAGACAUUUUGCUAAAAGCUAUCCUCAAUGUUACAUAUUGCUCAAGAAAAAAAAAACUGGUGAAAUAAUAUACUGAAUGGACCUCCUCUCCCAGCAGAGUACAGUGCCAUGUAAAAACGGACAGUGAUUCUUCAUUGCCUGGUCCCCGAACUAUAGUACCCAUUCACUUUGUAUGUGUCUGUCUGUUAUUUUACAAAUUAUUGUACUUUGAAGUUUUCUUUUGACGUAUAACGCUGCCGAGUCACAUGUGGGAUUUCCUUACUCUAACCUGAUUGUGACCCAGGAAUCCCCACAGUUAAUGGACAUUUCCAACUCCCUGUUAGCGCAGUGAGAAUCUUUGGGUGUGUCUGAAAUCACAUACUUAGACAGUACAUAUUGAAUUUCAUUAGAAACCUACUACUCAACUGUAGUGUGCACUGUAUGUAUGCAUCAGAACAGUAUGCAUGCACUCCGACACACUGCAGUCAUCAUCUUGUAUAUCACCUGACCUGGACGUUUACCAAUGAGGUAGCUGUACCCCCAUGAAACUUAAAAACUCUCAACAAAAAGCACAUGUUUGAGUCAGCUUAUAUAACUGGGUGUUUUUCUACUUAAAUUUGUACAGAGGCUGCACUUCCUCCACCACCCUUGACACAAAUUUCUGAGGCUGUGACAUCCUUCAUCUCUGGUUGCAUCUCCAGUGGCCUUGCAUAGCAUCCAUCAGUUGCACCUUCAGAAUUUUGCAGACUUAUAUGUCAUUUGGGUACCGUUUGCAUACUGUCUCAUCCAUACUGGUCACUUUGCAUACUAUAUUUAAACAAGUAAACAAGUAUGUGAUUUUGAAUACACCCUCUUGUGUUGCACAAGCUGAAACCACUCAUUUAGAUGCCAUUGCCAUUACUGUGGACUGCAAUGGAGACCAAGCACAUUCACAGGUGAAAAAUGAACCUCACAAACUGUAUAUAGUUCACAGGAUAUUUAAAACAGUAAUAAUAUUAAGUAUCAUAUUGUUUGAAUGUCUUAUUAUUUAAAGAGAAAUUUAUAUUCUUUUCUUAAAACUGAGCAAAAUUCCUGAAUAAUACUCCUUCUAACUUAAAAUAACACAUUUAUGUAUUUACAUUGCAGUCACUUAUGGAAUAUUUAAUACCGAAGCAUAUCGUAUGUUUCUCCUCUUCAAAUAGCUCAGAAACCAAAAUGACAGAACCAUUCGCUGAUGGUGGCUUUUGUCUGCGUUUUGUAUAGUUGGGUGUGUGCAUGUGUGCGCGUGUGUCUGUAAUGUGUAAGUUUAUAUGUACAGGUGAAGUCGCUUUGAACAGCACGGGGCUCAGGUAUUUCCGUGUCCAUUCUCUCGUGUCGUCUUGCAGUAGCUGUGACAGAAAUGUUUGUGAAUGUCGAGACGAGGUUUUUGCAGGACUGCCCAGAGUAUUGUCUUAUUUGCAAAGAAAAAGCCAAUUAGUGUCUCCGUGGCAUGACAUUUGCAAGAUAUUGUCAGAGAAAUUUGCUAACUUUCAGUUAACUGUUCUUUGGAGGUGAAACAGCAUCUAUUAACAGUAGUACAAUGUGUGACAUUGCCAGAGGAUGGCCUGAUGUAUGUAUUAAAAAGGAAAUAUGCAAUCAUUUAUGAAAUAUAAUCAUUUUCCCUUUU